GCCGGCAGGGUAUCUAUCCAAAAGCGCCCUCUCCGGCAGCGAGCGUUUCAAAAAUGGCGUUGAUCAAAACAACAGGAAACCGCUCCGGGUAAAUUUGCAGAGAAGCUUUCGACCCUCGGCGGUGACCUUUAGACCGGGUUGAAUUUUUAGAGACAGACAACUCGCACGCAAACAUGGGGACCCUGGUGAAGGGUAGCCCAUCGACCUCUGAAGAAAGCAAUCCCUCACCAGCGCCUGCAGAAGAGCCUGCGUCUGCGGAGGCGCCUGCUCCUGUCACCUCCGCACCAUCUCCUCCUGCCAAGCAAGAGUCUGAUGUCAAAACCACUGAGCCCGAAACGCCUGCAGCUGUGCCUGAGCCCCAAGAACCGCCACCCACUCCCAUCCGCCUGUCCUCUGUAGCUGGCUACGAUGGGCGCGUCAACGACAUUGUAUACUGCCCACCCUCCGUUCGCUCAGACCAUAACAAAGCAGUCAUCUAUUUUGGAGGAGACGUCCAGGAUCUUCCUGAAACUAUGGAGGCACACAGAGAGAACAAAAACUAUGCCAAAUGGAACUUAGUAAAUACUUCGUUAAUUUUACACACGUACUUUCCCGAGAUGCACAUCAUCGUAGUGAGACCAGCUAGGUCAACAACACCCAAGCUUGCAAGUUUCAUGGAACUAGUCUCGUCCGAUAUGGAACAUAGCAGAAUGGAAUUCAAGACGUUUAGCUGCUACGACAACUUCGUGCCAGGCAACAACUGCGGCGCUCCCGAGCACACGCCCACCCACUACGCCCUUCAGCAUCUAGAGCGCCUCCUGCAAGCCACAUCACAAAGGGUACGCACCCUGACUGUUCAGCAGCUGGGCGUUGGCAGAAGUCCCUCGCCGACACCUCAUUCAGCGACACCUCCAGAAAAGACAGAACAGGAAAAUGGAGAAAAUCCAGAGCCCGGCCCAAGUAAACCAACCCGUUGGUGGCAGGAGGACAUAAACCUGGACAAGGCAGACUUGACUUUAGUUGGGUUCAGCAAAGGCUGUGUAGUGCUGAAUCAACUAUUGUACGAGUUCCAUUACCUAAAAACGUUAACUCCGGACGACGACACCAUGAUGAAACUUGUCAGUCGAAUUCAUGAUAUGUACUGGCUGGAUGGUGGUCAUGCAGGUGGAAAAAAUACGUGGAUCACUUCGCGGUCGUUGCUAGAGACUCUGACUAGACUCAACAUUGGUGUGCAUGUCCAUGUCACACCGUACCAAGUACAAGACGAGCGGAGGCCCUGGAUUCGCAAGGAGGAAAAGAUGUUUACCGAGUUAUUGCGAAGAUUAGGUGCUCCAGUGACUAGAAUUUUGCACUUUGAGAAUCAACCUGCGUCAUUAAUGACGCACUUUGAAGUGCUUUCGGUUUUCAGACAAACACAGAACCAAAACAACACGGGAAAUUCUGUUUCGACGCCUGCUUCCUCGACGACGUGAACUUGAAAUUUUAUUUUUUGAAGUCUCCCAAGGUUGUAAAAAUAAUUUUUGAAGGCAGUCUAAUAGUAACUUUUAAAAGCAAAAUAAGAGCCUUUCGACGUCAAUACUAUUUUUACCAAUUUUCAUGGUAAAUUUUAAUCCUAUGCUCCAGCUGAAAGGCCAAUUAUACUUAAGAUUCCUUGUUCAGAGAUUUUUUAAUUUAUUUCUUGUUGCUAUAAAUUAAUUUGUAAUUGUGGACGGCCAUGAAUUACCAUCCCGAAAACUCCUAUGUUCUGCAAAGGCUUGUAUCAAAGGAAAAAUGCAUAUUUUUAAAAUGACAGUACUCUUACGGAUGCAAUUCAAUAUUGAAAAGUACAACAUUGUGUAGUAUUUUUUGCCACGCAACAACGCAAUACAUAUGAUUUAUUUUGCCUUUAAAAUUCAGGCAGAUCACUUGAAAUGUAAAACCAUUGGAAAAUUAAAAUUGUAUAGUUAGAUUUCAUAAAAAAAAAAUGUGCUUGUGCCAUACCUCACAAGCUUUUCAUUUUAAUGGAAGUAUGUACAGCUUCAUUUCCAAAUAAAUUAUAAAUUAAUUAAAAC